GAGAUGAUAGAAAGUGACAUCCCGCCCAAAAUGUCAGGAAUGAUCAGAAGCUCGGGGCACAGUCACCACCGCUCUCCGCAGGAGUACAGGCUCCUGCCUCCCACGGGUGAUGGCGAGCUCCCCGGGGACCUUCAGUCACUGUCAUGGCUCACGGCCGUGGAUGUGCCUCGGCUGCAGCAGAUGGCAAGCGGACGCAUAGACCUGGGAGGCCCCAGCCUGUCACACCCACACCCAGGUGCCUUGGCUGGCAUGCAAGACCUGCAUGUGUGCGCGACCCCACGUCCCCUGCUCCGUGGCCAAACUGCCAUGGUCCCCAGAGGCAUGCUGGGCUUGGGCCCCAUAGGCAGCCACAGAGCCAGCGCCGAGCAGAUGAACCCGUUCCCCACGGGAGGUCAGUCCUCAUCAGGCCUGCCGGAAAUGCCACAGCUGUAUUCGCCUGCUGCCCAAGUCCAGUUCCCUCUACCUCCGGGGUCCCAGCAGUGCCCUCCUGUGGGCCUCUAUGGCUCUCCAUUUGCAGCUCGGCCUUCCUACCCAGGGGCCCACAGGGCCGUACAUUCAUCUCAGGAGCUGCACCCCAAACACUACCCCAAGCCCAUCUACUCCUACAGCUGUCUGAUCGCCAUGGCCCUGAAGAGCAGCAAGACUGGCAGCCUGCCCGUGAGCGAGAUCUACAGCUUCAUGAAGGAGCACUUCCCCUACUUCAAGACAGCGCCUGACGGCUGGAAGAACUCAGUGAGACACAACCUGUCACUCAACAAGUGCUUCGAGAAGGUGGAGACCAAGUCCAGCGGCUCCUCGCGGAAGGGCUGCCUGUGGGCCCUGAACCUGGCACGCAUCGACAAGAUGGAGGAGGAGAUGCACAAGUGGAAGAGGAAAGAUCUCGCCGCCAUACAUCGCAGCAUGGCCAACCCGGAGGAAUUGGACAAGCUCAUCUCAGACCGGCCGGAAAGCUGCCGGCGUCCUGGCAAACCCGGGGAGCCUGAGGCCCCCGUGCUGACUCAUGCCACCUCGGUGGCCAUGGCCCACAGCUGCCUGGCCAUCCCCCAGCUCCCACCAAAGCCACUGAUGACCCUGUCCCUGCAGUCAGUCCCCCUGCACCACCAGGUCCAGCCUCAGGCACACCUGGCCCCAGACUCGCCGGCGCCAGCGCAGACCCCGCCUCUGCAUGCCCUACCUAACCCCAGCCCAGGGCCUCUCCCCCAGCCAGCCAUGGGCAGGGCUCCCGGGGACUUCCUCAACAUCAGCACUGACAUGAGCACGGAGGUGGACGCCCUGGACCCCAGCAUCAUGGACUUCGCUCUGCAGGGUAACCUGUGGGAAGAGAUGAAGGAGGACAGCUUCGGCCUGGACGCUCUGGGGACCUUCGGGGACUCCCCACUGGGCUGUGACCUGGGGGCCUCAAGCCUGGCCCCUGUGUCUGGCAGCAGUGACCAGCCCUUCCCUGAGGUGCAGGUGACGGGUCUCUAUGCUGCGUACUCCACGCCAGACAGUGCGGCCCCAUCGGCGGCCACCUCUGCGCAGUUCCUGGGGACUCCAGGGAGCAAGUCCAUAGCUCUACUCUGAGCCGCCGGCCUGGAAGAAAGGCCCCAGGCUCCGCAGCGUCUUGCUGCGGGUUGACAGGAAGUGACAGCUCUUGCUUCUUCCUGCUCCCCCCAAUGCUCCCACAGGAUGCUUCUGGGGCACCCAAGUCAGAAGCGUGGGAGAAUGGCAACCACUCCGCCUCCCCUUCUCCUGCAGGGCCCGAGACAGGGGGAUGGCUAUGUUGAGACCUGGCUCUCUGUAGUCCAGGCUCCUGGCAGGGCCCCGGACGGUCAGUGGCCCACCUUAGGACACAGUGGUAUGUCACAGAGUCACAGGGGAAAGGCUCUGAGCACACGCAUUCUCCUAGGAGAGGAACCCCUGCCUAGGCCUCAGAGCGUGGCCCAAGGCUGGGGAAGGACCAGGUCAGCCUUGGUUGUGCCUGAGGGUGACAUGGCCGACCUCUGCCGGCAUCCACUGCAGGCUCCUGCCCAUUCCUCCUCGAGUUUUCAGAGCCAGCUGACUGUGUACAUUUAUUUAUAUUUAUUGUGACCCCAGCUGAGGUUUCUGGAACGAGACCCUUGGCGGCUCCUCACCACUCAGCAAUCCCAACUCCCUAGUGACCCCACAUCUCCAGCCUGCCCAGGCAGCCCCAGCAGCCACCCCCCCAUCCCCUUCAGAGACUCGGCAAGCGCUUUUGCUCCUGGGAAGUGCCCCAUCCGUUUCCUAUUAGAUCAGAUCUUUUUCUUGGUGUUUCAUCAUGGCUCGCAUCUACUCUUGAGUUCGAAGAGGAUUUCUCUAAGGCCUGUGGGGUGGAGACAGGAGGAAAGGGCCGAGAACUACCUGUGCCAGCACUGAGACUUUUGUGACCGGAAGAUAUGAGCUCACGUCACCCCGAGCAGCAGUACAGCGUGGGACAUUACCGGCUCUGGCUGCCAUGGCUUUGUCUGUGUCUAUUCUUAGAUUGCUCUCUUGUUCCUUCACUGGGUUUUCCAAGUGAGGGUUCUGCAUGCAGGUGGGGUCACUGGGGAGAGGGGUGGGCCACCUCCACCCACCCUUUUCUACCUUGAUAUCUGACCCCGUAUCUGGGAGUUCACACCCUAGGGCUCAGUGUUCUGGAGGGCCAGCAGGGGGGCCAGCUGUCCGGAAGGGCAGCGUGAAGCCUUGUCUUCGAGGGCCAUCUCUUAGGCGCCCCCCACAUCUAGAACUGCACGGGCACGGCUGUCUUUAGACGAUGCAGCCCGGCCCUUCUGGCCAGCCUGGCUCAGCUGCUACGUGGCCGUACGUGCCGGGGCCCUCGCUAGGUCACACUGUUUAAGUGUUAGGACCCCAUAUCCGGGCAGUGCCAAGACUCUGUAGGUGUAGU